CGUACGUACGUGCGUGCGUGCGUGCUUGCGCUCGGCGGCGGUGGCGGCGGCAGCGCAGCGUCCCCUGCCCCGAAUGAAAGGGACGGUCCCGGCGAGAGAGAGAGCGGCCGUGAGCGACCGGCAGUGACGGGGGGGGUGGGGGUGUGCCCGAAUUGCUCCUCUCCCCGGCGCCCCACCCGCCACACGGCAUUGAGAGGAUUGAAGUGGCAUUCUAAGGCCAUUUAAAAUCAUGACAAGCUCAGUUGGACAGAAAAAAGUCUCUUCAAGACAAAGGAAGUGUGGUUUUUGUAGAUCUAAUAAAGAUAAUGAAUGUGGACAAUUAUUGAUGUCAGAAAACCAGAAGGUGGCAGCACAUCACAAAUGUAUGCUGUUCUCAUCUGCACUGGUAUCUUCACACACUGAUAAUGAGAGUCUUGGUGGAUUCUCAAUUGAAGAUAUUCAGAAAGAAAUCAAGAGAGGCACAAAGCUGAUGUGCUCUUUAUGCCAUUGCCCUGGAGCAACCAUUGGCUGUGAUGUGAAAACAUGCCACAAGACAUAUCACUACUACUGUGCUUUGCAUGAUAAAGCUCAGAUAAGAGAGAAACCCUCACAAGGCAUUUACAUGAUUUUAUGUCGAAAACACAAGAAAACCACGCAUAACUCUGAAGCAGAUUUAGAAGAAAGUAUCAAUGAACAUGAGCUGGAGCCUUCACCUCCCAAAGGCAAAAGGAGGGGUCGGAAGGGAAAGCCGAGAAAAACAAAUGCAAAAGGGCAAUCAGAAGACACUAGAUCUACGUCCUCACAUGGCACAGAUGACAUAGAAAGCAGUUCCUAUAGAGACAGGUCUCCCCACAGAAGCAGCCCCAGUGAUACAAAACCUAAAUGUGGAUUCUGUCAUGCAGGUGAAGAAGAAAAUGAAGCUAGAGGAAAGCUUCAUAUAUUUAAUGCCAAAAAGGCUGCAGCACACUAUAAGUGCAUGUUGUUCUCUUCUGGCACUGUCCAGCUAACAACAACUUCAAGGGCAGAGUUUGGUGAUUUUGAUAUUAAAACUGUACUUCAGGAAAUCAAGAGAGGAAAAAGAAUGAAAUGCACACUUUGCAGCCAGCCUGGUGCUACUAUUGGAUGUGAAAUUAAAGCCUGCAUAAAAACAUACCAUUACCACUGUGGAGUAGAAGACAAAGCUAAAUACAUUGAGAAUAUGUCACGAGGAAUUUAUAAGCUCUAUUGUAAAAACCAUAGUGGAAAUGAUGAAAGAGAUGAAGAGGAUGAAGAAAGAGAGAGUAAAAGCCGUGGCAAAUCAGGCACUGACCAUAAUGACAUUCCUCAGCAGCAGCUCAAUGGAAACUAGGUUCAAGGGACAGAGUUAUAGAACUGGGAAUGGCUAAGACAUCAUAACUACUAAUUCUUUUAAACUGUUUUCUAAACUCAGAACAGGGCCAGUAAACUUCUUACUGCCCAGCUCUGUUAGAAAUUUUCAUUGAACUGCCUGAAACGUUCAUGUGUGUGAGCCUUCAGUAAGUGGCAGAGUUUUUACAUGUCAAUAUUAUGUAGUUUGUAGUCUGCAGUGUCUGGAAACAAAAAAAAAAACAAAACAACAACAAUAAAAGAAACAAAA